AUGAGAGGCAAAUUAGCCUUGUUCGUGCUUAUUGUUGCCAUUUUACAACAGACGUAUGCUCUUUAUGAUAAAGAUGGCCCCGUUAUCAUCUUGAAUAAAAAUAAUUUUAAAGACGAGGUUAUAAUGACUGAGAAACUGGUCUUGGUAGAGUUUUUUGCUCCGUGGUGUCCACAUUGUCAAAGUAUCACUCAAGAGUAUAAGAACGCAGCAGCUACCUUGAAAGGUCUUGUAAAAGUUGCUUCCGUUGAUUGCAAUGAAGAUACCAAUCGUGGUUUAUGCCAAGAGUUUGAGAUUCAAGGAUUUCCUACUAUAAAGCUCUUUCCAAGCCGGCGUGUACCUGACAGACGGAACCCUGCCACGUACACUAAAAAACCAAAAUUGUAUUCUGGCCAGAGGACUGCUAAAGCAUUCGUGGACUAUGUGCUGGCUGAAUUACCAUCAUAUGUUCAACCGAUAUCAAACAAAUAUCCGACAAAAAAGUCGCUUACUAUCAAUGAAUUCUUGGAAAAGAAUGAUCGUACAACACCUUUGUACAAAGUUUUGUCAGCCGAUUAUCGCGGUGGAUUGUUUGGCGAGGUCAGACAGAAGGAAACCGAGAUAGUCUCAAGAUUCAACGUAACCACAUUUCCAACACUGUUAAUUAUUCCAAAAGGUGAAACCGAACCUAUCAAAUAUGAAGGCAAAUACAAUCACAAAUCUUUGUCUGAUUUCCUAAACAAAUAUAUAUCGACUGUCGAGAAGCCAGAAGAAACUAAAAAGACCGAGAAAAAGUCAACAACAGCAUCAUCUCCAAAGCCUGAACCAUUUAAUUCAAUCAUUAAUGAAAUAAAGACAGAGGAGGAUUUGAAAAAGCACUGUCUGUCUCAUACUGCUGGUCUCUGUAUCUUUACAUUCCUUCCGCUCGAGCCAGAAUAUCCAGAGUCAGUUGCAGAAUUCUCAAACGCAAAAGAGAUCCUAUCCAAAGUAAACGAGAACCUUUACAAUUUGUUAAAGAAUCAAGUGCCAUUAAGAUUCAUGUGGUUCAAUGCACUAGCAGAUGAAUCGAGAAAACUUAUCAAGGAUUUCAAGUUAGCGGAUGUUUUCCCCGUUUUAAUGGCUUACAGUCCUCACAAAAAGAUAUAUAGUCCAUAUUUAGGACCAUUUGAUGGUGAGGGAAUAGAAAAGUUUUUAAAAGAUGUUUUAAAUGGAAAAGGAAAUAGCUACAAGAUUGGAUUUGAAGUGUCGUUUGCACAAGAACCGAACAAGAAUGUGAAUGACAGUAGUGAUGAUGAAAGUGAUAAAGAAACUGAUAAAAACAAGGAACGAAAACAUGAAGAACUCUGA